GAAAUGUUUAAGAGGGCGGACAAGAUUUUCGGAAUAGCGCAAGAGGAAGUCGGACGGACCGAGCCAAUGUUCAAUCUCGAAACGGAGCGUAUGGCAGAGCGCUUCCGCGCGAAGCGACGCAAAGCAAUAGAAGAACGAGAAAAGGCAGAAAAAGAAAAGCAAGAGAGUGAUUCGGAUAGCGACGUCGCAAAGACCCCAAAGAAGGGUGGAUUACCUCCAGGCGUAACGGAUGGCGGUAUGCUCGCUGGAGGUGCUGGUCUUCCUUUUGAUACUGCGGGCACCCCAUCGAACCUGGGAAGAAUUGGCGAAGCUGGUCUUGCUGAUGCGGAUCCGCUUGGCGUCAACACAAAUGUCUCCUUUGAUGACGUUGGAGGUCUGGAUGAUCAUAUGUUCCAGAGUUUAGGUGUCACACCCCCUCGGGGUGUCCUUUUCCAUGGUCCACCUGGAACUGGUAAAACCCUCGUUGCUAGGGCUUUAGCUGCUAGCAGUCGCAGCGAAGGCCGAAGUGUCUCAUUUUUCAUGCGCAAAGGAGCCGAUUGUCUCUCAAAAUGGGUCGGAGAGGCUGAACGACAAUUGCGCCUGCUCUUUGAGGAAGCAAAAAAGGUUCAGCCAAGCAUCAUCUUCUUUGACGAGAUUGAUGGUCUUGCACCCGUUCGAAGCUCAAAGCAAGACCAAAUCCAUGCAAGCAUAGUCUCAACGUUACUUGCUCUUAUGGACGGGAUGGAUGGUCGUGGCCAGGUCAUCGUUAUUGGCGCGACCAAUCGUCCGGAUGCCAUCGACCCCGCUCUUCGUAGACCUGGGAGGUUUGAUAGAGAAUUCUACUUCCCUUUACCGAACUAUGAUGCACGACUCAAGAUCUUGGAAAUUAUGACCAAGAAGUGGGAAAAUUGGGUUGGUGAGAAGGGGGAAGAGUCCAGGAAAAAACUUGCGAAGUUGACGAAGGGCUAUGGGGGUGCAGAUCUCCGGGCUCUCUGUACCGAAGCUGCGCUCAACGCCAUACAAAGGCAGUACCCCCAGAUAUAUCAGUCAAGCGAGCGGCUUCUUCUCGAUCACAGUAAAAUCACUGUUCAAGCUCGCGAUUUCAUGAUUUCAGUAAAGGAGGUGGUACCUUCUUCCGCCCGAUCAACUGCAUCUGUGGCGGCCCCUUUGCCCCCGCAGCUUGCACCUUUGUUGGAGGGUUCGUUGAACGAGGUUAAAACCGCUCUGGAUACAACACUGCCCAGAGCCAAAAAGCGGUCGGCCCUUGAAGAAGCUCAGUGGGAAGAAGACCAUCCUGACGGUGAAGCUGGAGCUUUUGAACGUGAGAUGAUGCUUCAGGCUUUGGAAUCACAGCGGGUCAACCGACCGCGUCUGUUGCUACAUGGGCCAUCGGGCAUGGGCCAACGAGCGGUUGGUGCAGCAGCACUGCAUUACCUGGAAGGUUUUAGUGUCCAAAGCCUUGAUAUUGGUACACUGACUGGAGAUCCGUCAAGGACUCCAGAAGCUGCGAUUGUUCAACUGUUUAUCGAAGCAAAGAGGCAUGCCCCAUCCAUCAUUUAUAUCCCAUCGUUGACCGCUAUGUGUGGAUCGUUGCCAGAGACAUGUCGGGCUUUGAUCGCCGAUUCCUUGGAAUCUUUGGAACCUCACGAACCGAUUCUCUUACUUGCAGUAAUGACAGGAUCGUUCAAAUCACUCCCACGUGAUGUCAGGGCGUGGUUCGCAAAGAACGCAGAAAGUAAAAUCGCAUUCAGCCUGCCUGACGAACCGAAGCGACGUCAUUUCUUUCAAGAGCUCCUGGACUACGUCAAGAAACCUCCUUCACAGUUCCCUGAUGCUGUAAAGCGUCGUCGCCGUGUCCUCGAAGUAUUGCCAGUCGCCCCUCCUCUACCUCCGAGGGAGCCUACUCCAGCCGAAGUAGCUGCCCAGGAGAGACACGAUACUCUACUCUUCUACAAG